UUUUCUCCCGCUCCAAACAAAAUCAAAUUAAUAGCAAAACAAUCAUUCAAUGCUUCAAAGCUAAACACAAACGUUCCCUUUUCUCUGUGCAGCACUCUCAAGUAAGCAAAGCGGGUAGUGCGAACAACGGGAACAAAGAUGGCGUCAAUUUGCGACACCGAUAUCCCGCUUCAACUGAAGAACAUCGACGCUUUCUUCGCUUCUUACAGAAACUCCCUUCAAUCCAUCACAGCCACCGCAAUCAAAGCCGCGCGAUCUCAAUCUCAACUGACAGAGGUUAAAGCUAAACUGAGGGAGGCUGAGGAUGAAUUGGUAAAGGCGCUGGCAGUUAAGACUCGGAGAGAGGCGAAGAGAAUGGCUCUAAAGGAUUCUAUUGCUUCUGUGAAGGAACGAGUUGAAGUUAUGAAGACAAAGAUUCAGAGGCAGAGAAGCAAGUGCGAAGAAUGUGCUUCUGUUGUAUCGCAACACCGGCUUGUUUUGGCGGCAUCUGAACAGAAAUCAAAUGAAAGCAAUGAACUUAAAGAUGAAGCCCAGGAGGUCAUAUCUUGGUACAAUAGGAUCCUUGGUUUUCAUGUUGAAGGAGGACAUGGGGUUAAAUUCACUUUCAAGAAUAUUGAUGAAAACAACCCAAAUGAAGAGUUCCGUUUUACCAUUCGUCAUGAAGAUGACAUGUAUACAUUGCUAAAUUGUGAACCAUCUCUCAAAGAUAUCGACAAGUUGAUCCAUGAAUUAAACAAGACAAAUGGGCUAUUUAAAUUUGUCAGAACAAUGAGGAGAAAGUUUCAAGAAGCAGUGACACAAGGCAGUCUAUCUAUGACAACAAAUGAACACCAAGAGUCCACCUUUAUCUCUGCAUCUGCUCCAGUUUUUUCAACAUUAACCAUUACAGAAGGAUAUGAACAUCAAGGUGAACCCACCAAAGGUAAUACACAUCUCCAGAAACAAGUCAAUCAAAGAAUGGUAAAAUCAGCAAUUCUAUCCCCUGGAUCUGCAUCAUCUGUUUGUCAAUCUCCUCGUUUGAAGGCCAGGAAAUGAAGCAGUGAGGGGGAUGCUCAUUACCUCACUUGAUGAGACAUGCCGAUUCAUGUUGCCUUUAAAGCCUCAAAUCUUGCUUGUGCAUGCUGGCUAAGGUAAACGAAUAUCCUAAUAUACAUGGUGUCUUGAAAAGGGAAUUGCUUCAAAUUGUUGCUUGACGUAGUCGUUUGUGAAGAAAGGCAUG